AAUUAUAGGUAUAACCUUACUCAAUAGUUAUGAUGCCUUAUUAAACUUGUAAAAAAGAUUAUGGCUACCGGUGGAACUCUUCAGAAAGCUAUUGAUCUUGUAACCAAAGCAACAGAAGAAGAUAAAAAUGGCAAUUAUGCAGAAUCUUUGCGUCUUUAUGAGCAUGGAGUAGAAUACUUUCUUCAUGCUAUAAAAUAUGAAGCUCAAAGUGAUAAGUCUAAAGAAAGUAUCCGUGCAAAAUGUAUUCAAUAUUUAGACAGAGCAGAAAAAUUAAAGAAAUUUCUUGCUGAACAAAAUGGUGAUAAAAAGAAGCCUGUUAAAGACGGAGGAAGUUCUAAUAAAAAAAAUAAUAGUGACAGUGAUGAUGAAAGUAGUGAAAGUAAAAAAUUCAAAGAUCAGCUUGGUGGUGCUAUUGUAGCUGAGAAACCAAAUAUAAAGUGGAGCGAUGUUGCAGGUCUUGAAGCUGCUAAAGAAGCUUUAAAGGAGGCAGUUAUAUUGCCAAUCAAGUUUCCUCAUUUAUUUACAGGUAAACGUACUCCAUGGAAAGGUAUUCUUUUGUUUGGGCCUCCUGGUACUGGCAAGUCUUAUUUGGCAAAAGCAGUUGCUACGGAAGCCAACAAUUCAACAUUUUUCUCAAUUUCAUCAUCAGAUUUGGUUUCAAAAUGGUUAGGAGAGUCUGAAAAGCUUGUAAAAUCAUUGUUUCAACUUGCUCGAGAAAGUAAACCAUCAAUUAUAUUCAUCGAUGAAGUUGAUUCACUCUGUUCAGCUCGCAGUGACUCAGAAAGUGAGUCUGCUCGAAGAAUUAAAACUGAAUUUUUAGUUCAAAUGCAAGGUGUUGGAACAGACAAUGAAGGAGUUCUUGUAUUAGGUGCCACAAAUAUCCCAUGGGCUUUAGACAGUGCUAUUCGAAGAAGAUUUGAGAAGCGAAUUUACAUUCCGUUGCCAGAUGCUCAAGCACGAGCUUCAAUGUUUAGUUUACACAUUGGUUCAACACCUCAUUCGUUAACACAAAAUGAUUUUAAAGUACUUGCACAGCGUUCUGAAGGAUACUCCGGUGCUGACAUUGGUGUUGUAGUUCGAGAUGCACUUAUGCAGCCUGUUCGUAAAGUUCAAUCAGCUACUCACUUUAAAAAGGUAAGUGGACCUUCAAGAGAAGAUCCUAGUAAAAUAGUUGAUGACUUACUUUCUCCAUGUUCACCAGGUGAUCGUGGAGCAAUUGAAAUGAAUUGGAUGGAUGUUCCAGGAAACAAAUUACUAGAACCAGUAGUUUCUUUUUCCGACAUGAAUCGUUCGUUAGCCUCUAUUCGACCAACCAUAAAUGAAGAAGAUUUAACUAGACUAAAGAAAUUCACCGAAGAUUUUGGACAAGAAGGAUAAAAUAACGCCGACGAUUGUUUCAUUUGUCGUAUUAAGUGACGUUGUUGUUUAUUUUCGUAACUUGGAUAAAAUUUUAAUGAAUAAUUUUUAUGUUUUUAGUAUUAUUGUUUCCUUUUUAAAAUAAAAAUUUAUAUCUUUUAAAGUUGAUACAUUUUUCUUACUUUAAAGCCCACUUCAGACGCCAUUUUCUAUAUUUUAUUCGAAAUAUCUUGUUUUCUACCUUUGCCCUUUCAAUUUUUAAAGGUUUUUCUUUAUUGUCAAAGUUUAUGUUUUUUGUAGCGUUUCAAGGUUUUCUUCUUUAACUAAAGUAUAAUUUAUGAAUAAAACGUACGAGAUUUUUGUAUAGAAAACAUUCGGUUUAAAUAAUUUGUUAGUAGAAUAAAAUACUUUAAAAUAAAA